UAGAGAUGAACGCCGCUGAGCGUAGAGCGCCCAUUUCCGGCGCUUGGCGGAGUUUUGCUGCCGGGUGACGGCGGGUGACAGAAAGUGGCGGGGCAAUGCCGGAGAUCGAGAUCCGACAUGUGGUAUCCGCGAGCAGCUCCGACACGACUCAUUGUGCUGAGAACCUGCUCAAGGCUGACACCUAUCGCAAGUGGAAAGCUGCCCAGGCUGGGGAAAAGCAAAUCUCUGUCAUAUUACAAUUUGAAAAAGAGGAGCAGAUUCACAGCAUUGAUAUUGGCAAUGAAGGCUCUGCCUUUGUGGAAGUGCUGGCUGGCAGCUCUGCCUCCACCAGUGAGCAGAAUUACGAGGUGCUGUUGGUGACAUCCUCCUUCAUGUCUCCCUCAGAGAGCAAGACUAGCACCAACUUGAACAGAGUCCGUAUGUUUGGGUCAGAUAAACUGGUGAAGGCUACAGCUGAGAAGAAGUGGGACCGAGUUAAGAUUGUUUGUACCCAGCCGUACACCAAGUCUCUGGCUUAUGGCCUUUCCUUCGUGAGGUUCCAUUCUCCUCCAGACAGCACUGAGACACAUUCCAAAAUGGCUUCACCGAAAGUCACCAAAUUGGGCCAGUUUAUGGUGAAGGAAGAUGACAGCAAUUCCAGCUCUUUGAAACCCGGUGCUCUCUUCUUCAGCCGUGCCAGUAAACCCCUGGUCUCCCCUCCUAAAGCAUCUCAGAAUGACCAGCCUUCACCCAGUUACGCCGCUGCCUCAUUGCAGACCAACAAAUCUCUUUCUCCUGACUCUUCACCAUCAGCAGUGGAAAAGCCCACCAUCAAAACCCCACCCAAGGAACCCACCCCAGUCAAAAGGAAGUUUGAGUUCAGCAAAGAAAAUGCUGCUCUCUCCUCAGCAACCAAGAAAGCUAAUCCCGAUAAGUCCCGCGUUACACACCCGCCUUCCAAAAAACACAAAGUUUCUCUUUCCACGUCUCCUCCCCAGAAGACGCUACCUUUCAAAAAAGCUCUUCCAACGCAGUCUUUGGAGGAGACGGCAAACGGGUCUUUCCAGCAACUCCUACAGGGUACCGUCUUCGUGCUGAGCGGUUUCCAGAACCCCUUUCGCUCUGAAUUAAGGGACAAGGCCUUGGAAAUGGGGGCCAAGUACCGUCCAGACUGGACCCCUGACAGCACUCACCUCAUCUGUGCCUUUGCCAACACCCCCAAAUACAGCCAGGUGAAAGGGCUUGGGGGCACCAUUGUACGGAAGGAGUGGAUCCUGGACUGUUACCGUAGCCGUCGGUGCUUACCCUGCAAACAGUACCUGAUGGGCAGCCCCGAUUCGUCCAGCAGCGAACAGGAAGAGGAGAGCGAGGAGGAGACCACAGCUGCACACCGCAGAGUUGUGACUCCUCAACAGAGAACCAGCGUGCCCAGCCCCAACCACAAGAUUAAGCCUGCCACCAGCCCCAAAGUAAUGCAGGUGGUGCCACCCAGAGUGUCUUCCGAGGAGGAAGAAGAGGAGCCAACCACCUCUCAGAACAGCAACAUCCACAACAAUUCAAGGGCUUCCAGCGGGGAUGAGAAAUUUGCAGGUCUUCAAGACAACGGAGAUGAAGGGUCUGGUGACACAGAUGACGAGUUAAGGAGAGUUGAAGAGGAACACCGCAAAAAGCAGCAAGGCGGACGGAGGCUAGUUCCAGAACCAGACAGUGACCCCUACGCGGGUUCCACUGAUGAGAACACAGACGUGGAGGAACAGGCAGAGCCGGAUCAGCCUAUCCCAGAACUUCCAGAUCUGUUUGUUGGCAAAUGCUUCUUCCUUUAUGGUGAAUUCCCUUCUCAAGAACGACGUCUCCUGAAUCGCUACAUCAUAGCUUUUAAUGGGGAAGUGGAGGACUACAUGAACGAGCGUGUAAACUAUGUGAUCACGGCUCAAGAAUGGGAUGACACAUUUGACGAGGCUCUGAACGAGAACCCCAACCUUUCCUUCGUGCGUCCCCGUUGGAUCUACAACUGCAAUGACCGGCAGAAGCUGAUUCCCCACCAGCCGUACGUUGUGGUGCCACGAGUGUAGGAGGAUCCCUGCUGGAGUUUGUAUAUAAUGUAUAUUCGCCUCUUGGGGGGAAAAGUCCUUAGCCUCCUGGAUAGUUGAAGUAGGGCACUCCUGUUGGAGAAAUUGCCUUCCUUUUAAGCCCUCCCAACACUGGGGUGGUUUGGAUGGUCUUUGUUUACGUUUUUUUCCCCCACCCAGUUCCACCAGAUCAUGUCGGAAGCUAGUCUGCUUUUGGAAAGCAAUGCUUGCUGUGGGCUUUUCUGGAACAGGGCUAGAGUCCCUUAAAAUUAGAGCCUGGAGUUCAACAAAGGCAAAAGUUAAAUGCACAGAGAGAAAUUCACAAAUCUCUUCCAUGCCUUUGUAUUUCUUGCCUUUCUCACUUAGUAUUGGUGGUCCUCUUUCUCUUCAUUGUCUUCCCAGGGUAUUGUGGGGAUGUGUUCUGGCUGAGCAUCUUUGCCUCUCCUUAUGGAAAUGUCUUUCUUCAUACACUGAACCCUUUACAGCAGCAAACCUAUUUUCCUAGUAGGUAGUUUGGGGCUUUCACAGAAGAAAAAAACCUGUCCAUUUUUUACCCAGGGUGGUUCCGGUUUCAUGAUAGUACAGAUGGGGCGUGUCCCAUCAUUGGUGUAGGUAAACUUUUGUUUGUUGAGUGUACAGUCUGCAGACAAAGCCCAGCUCAUUUUUAAAAGGCAGAGAUUGACUAAUAGUAUUCCUGCCUUCCACAUGUACGUUUUUAGAAAAACAUCACCACCACCACCACCCAGGAAACACGGUAUCUCAUGACCCCCCCCACCCAAUCCUGAUUUGUGUUGACAAAUGCCCUUUUCUGAUUAAAAGUGUUGUGUACGGGCUCAGUCAGCUAAGUCAACACUUUCUCUGACCAAUUAUUCUGAAAGGAGGGUGUUUGGCCUAGAUAAAAGAUGGUAGCAAAGUUGAGAACGGAAGUAUUAGAAGAAACCAUGAUUGCUUAAGCUGUAUCACAUUUCUGGGGUAGGCUCCUGUGGCUGAAGCCUUCCUUUCAUUUUCAAUGAAUUUUUCCAAGUUCCUCUGCAGGCAAAUAAGAAACUGCUUUAUUAAUUUCAUAAUGCAGUUGUUCAUCUCUGCAGAGCAUUGUUAGUUUCACAAUGAAUUGUUUUGCCCACUGGUCUACUAUCUUUUUUGGAGGGAAAAAAUAUUAGACCAUUUGUACAUGUUCUUUUCAGAGCAGUGUUUCUUAACCUUGGCAACGUUAAGAUAAGUGGACUUCAACUCUCAGAAUUCUGGGAGUUGAAGUCCACACAUCUUAACAUUUUUAAGGUUAAGACUGUUCCAGAAUGAUCUCCCAUUCCCCAAAGUUCACGCUCCUUCUCACUUUUCAGUUGCUGUAAACUGGACUGGGGGGGGGAGGGGGUGUUCUUGAAUAAUCUACCUCGUUUUUACAACUGAUUUCUUUAUUUCCCAGUCCUAUAUUUGCAAUCAAGCCAGCCAUUCUACUCUUGGUUCUUUCUUCCUUGCUUUAACCACAGGGAAAAAUGUUAAUCAGUGGUGGGACUGUUUUACUUGUGGUGGGCACUGCAGAAUUGGAGGCCCAUCUCUUGUUGAGACAUCCGUCAGUUGAAGUGUAGUAAUUAAUUCUCAAGCAGAUUUUUAUAAAGAUUCCAAGAUGGAAGCCAGAGAUUUUCCUUGGAGCCUGAAUUUUGUUUUUUUGUGCUGGAACUCAACCGUAUAAAUAGGAGUGAGAUACUUGAGGAGGAAGUUCUCCUUCUUACCACUUCUUUUUCUUUUCUUUUCUUUUUUAAAUCAAGAGGUAGAAUAAUUUUGGCUGUACAUUCAUCCCUUCUCAUCUGUUAUCCUGACCAUUCAGAACUUGUCCAGAUAAGGAGUGGCUAAAACUAUUAACUAACGCUCCAUUUCGGAUGGAGUGUGCUCAGUUCUUUUCAUCUUGCAAGUGGAUUUUCCUUGGUACAGAUGAGGCAGACCUGUCUUCCCCAAAAAGGACGCUGCAGUUGGUGGACUUCAAUUCCCAGAACUCGCUAGCCAUUCUAGUAGUUACAGAGAAUUCUGGGAAUGACAAUUGGCAUGUCUGGAAGGGGCUGGGAUUGGAGAAAGCUGUUACAGAGCAUAUAUUCCUGGUCUCAGAGGAUGGGCUAUUGCAAGGGAGGCUUGUGUCAAGAAAUUAGCUUUAAGAGCACAUUAAAAAGAGCGCAAAAGGAAUUUGCAUGUGUCUCUUUUAAGAGCUGCUACACGCAGAUGCUAAAUUGUAAGGAGACAGGAGUAGCCGUGGCAGCUAAACUAGCUCGGUGUUUUACUACCGUACAGUCUGUGUUCCACAAGGACUCUAAGGGCUUGUUUUCUAUAAAUUUACACCUUGAUUUAGCAGUUGUUCUGAGGUUCUGGCAAACGGCGACAAAACUUCACGGGAUGUAUUCUUGUUCUCCUUUCCUAUACCAUGUUAAACGUUUUUAAUAAAACAAGAUGCAAAUCUCCAA